AUGCCCAAACUUCGCUCGCUUCCUUUCUGGCUUGCCGUCAGGGUCUUCAUCAGGCGCAUCCGCUAUCGCUUGCAUACUCCGCUCGACCUGCGCGGCAGCAUUGUCGUCCUUCGACACAACCAUAAACACCCCUAUCUCGAGCUCCUCCGCCUCUUCAUCCCAUAUCCCACAUGGCGAUUCCCCCUGCCACAGCCAGUGUCCCCCCGUGAGAUACUAGGGAACGAGGCAUUGAUGAACUCCCGCCGGCGCCAGUUCAACAGGUAUCUCGCAGUUCCCAUCUGGUGCAUGCGGGACACCUCGAUGCGGUCACUUUACCGACUGUACGAAUCCAUGGCUUCCGGCGAAUACACUCCCAUGGGCCGAGAGACGGAGUACUUUUGGUAUCGAGGCUGGAAGUUAGACGCGAUCAAGGAUCCGCAAGACUCGGAUCCGGUACGAUAUGCCAUCCUCGCGUCCCUUGUAGAGGAGCUUGUCACCGCAUUUAACUGGCGACUGAGUCUGGGGAUGAGACGGAAUCGCAAGCACAUCCUCAGACAGACCGACGACGAACCAUACCCGCCAUACACACCGGUAUCCGGGCCUGAAUGGACGAAAUACGUGCCACCGAUCCCGCCAGACAGCCUGGCGCAGCUGCCGCAGGAGUUUGUGAACAGCAAGAAUCAGCUCGUGCUGGAAGAAAAGGGAUGCAGCAAAACGUUCUCGAAGCGAAACAUCGUUACCAACGUUGGCUGGCUGUACACUAUAUGA